AUGUCGAACUCUGACCGGUAUGAUCGACAUGGUCCAUAUAGCCCACCGCCAGCAGAGCUGAAGGAACGCCCCUACUGGCGACACGGUGGGAGCCGUGAAGAGCCGGAGUAUGACAGGAGGCCGAGUAGCAGCUACGACAGACGAGAUCCCUAUGCCCCUAGUAGCCAUGAGGAGCGCCGAGAUCCUUAUGCUGGCGGCUACGACCGGAGUCCCUAUGCCAGCCCUCCUGUUGGACACGAUGCAGAGCGGCGGGAUCCCUAUGCUGGCGUUCCUACGUCGCGGGCGGGCUCAGAUCCCUAUGCUAAUGCAGACAGAAGGUAUGCCUACCCCGCUUAUGCCGAUCCUGACAGGAGGUAUGACGAAAGGGACUUCCGCUAUGCGCAGCCCCCGCCGCCAGGUUAUGAUCCCUAUUAUGACCCUUACCGUCAACAUUAUCCCCCACCGCCAGGGCCCUACGGAGGAGGGUACUACCCGCCGCCACCAGGCUAUGGUGCCUACCCACCGCCACCAGGAUAUGGGCCACCCCCGCCAGGGUACGCACCACCAGGCUAUCCUCCGGCUUACCCGCCACCACCCCACUAUCCUCCCAUCGCACACAGGCCUUAUAGCCCCGAGCCGGAGAGAGAGCCCCCGAAACGGGGAGGCAAGGGGCAGAGGCCCAAGAAGGAGCAGAACUCGGGACAGGGGGGCGGUCAGGGUCCUGGACGCGGCAAACGGAAGCGCGAAGCUUCCCCAGAGAAUCCACCCGUGGACGGGUCUGAGAUUAAGCUCAAGUUCUCCGAGGUGCUGCCCAGAUUGGUGAAAGCAGCUCAAGAGCAAGAAGGAAGCCGCUUCCUGCAGUGGAAGCUGAGUGGGAAUGCUAGCGAAGAGGAGCUGACCCAGAUCUUUGACAAGGCGAUUCCUGCAGUGGUAGACCUCGCCAAUGACGCGUUUGGGAAUUUUGUGGUACAGAAGCUCUUCGAGGCUGGCAACGAUGAUCAGCAUAGUCGGCUGGUUGACAAGGUCAAGGGCCACGUCCUGGACCUUUCCAAAGACAAAUUCGGCUGCAGAGUAGUCCAAAAGAUGCUGGAGCGUUUGCCACAGAGUUUGAAGUUGGACGUUGCAUCAGAGAUGACUGACGAUGUUAUCGACCUUAUCGAAGACAUGAACGGUAACCAUGUCAUCCAAAAGGUGGUAGAGAACCUCCGCCCAGAGGUUGGCUUCGUCAUCCAAGCCGUGUCCAAUAGUGACACAGCGGAAAAGAUGGCGUCACAUAUCUACGGCUGCCGGAUCAUCCAGAGGCUCGUGGAGAACUGUGACCUGGAAGACCUGACGGGAAUCAUCGACCCCAUCGUCCGCGCAGCCUCGAAGUUGUCCAAGGACAAGCAUGCAAACUAUGUGGUCCAGUGCAUUCUGGAGAAAGGGCGCAACGAAGACAAGAAGAGCAUUGUGCAAACAAUCAGCAAGAAUGUGCUCGACUUCUCCAAGAACAAG